CAGGGUGGGCCAUUUAUAUGGAUACGUCAAACUUACUGCCAUUGACAUGUCGAAGAGGUUAACACGUGAGGAGCGGAUCGAAAUUGUGUUGAUAUCUGGUGAACGCAGUAACCGGGUCAUUGCAGCAGAUUUCAAUGCAAGACACCCUACGAGACCACCCAUCUCCCAUACUACAGUUAGCAAACUGCUUGCUAACUUUCGUGAAACUGGUUCAGUGUUGGAUUUGCCAAAAUGUGGACGCAAGAAAACUGUCACUAAUGAAGAAACAUCAGUGGCUGUCCUAGCUUCAUUCAGCAAGAGCCCACAGCGUAGCACUCGCCACAUGUCACUGGAGAGUGGCAUUAGUCGAACAUCCCUUCGGCGGAUAUUAGCUACUCACAAAUGGCACCCUUACAAACUCCAGCUACUGCAGCAUCUCAACGAGGAUGACCCAGAUCGGCGCACAGAAUUUGCAGAAUGGGCAAAACAAAAAUUGGAACAGGACCCUCAGUUCACGCAGAAGAUUUUGUUCAGUGAUGAGGCAAACAUUUAUGUGAAUGGUGAAGUUAACAAACAAAACCACCGCUAUUGGUCUGACACUAACCCACAUUGGAUGGAUCCCUCCAAGACUGUUGGAACAACAAAAGUGAUGGUUUGGUGUGGUAUACGGGGUACAACGAUAGUGGGUCCAUUCUUCAUCAAUGGAAACAUCAAGGCCGCUGGAUAUUUGAAAUUGCUACAUGAUGAUGUGUUCCCCUCUUUAUGCACUGAAGCUGGCACGUUCCCUGAGUUUUUCCAGCAAGAUGGUGCACCACCACAUUAUGGGUGCCAGGUCGGAGCAUUCCUAGAUGAACAGUUUCCUGGAAAGUGGAUUGGUCGUCGUGGGCCAGUUGAAUGGUCCCCAAGGUCUCCCGAUCUGACCCCCUUAGACUUUUGUCUUUGGGGUCAUCUGAAGGCAAUUGUCUAUGGUGUGAAGAUACGAGAUGUGCAGCACCUGAAACUACGGAUACUGGAUGCCUGUGCUGGCAUUUCUCCUGCGGUGUUGCUAUCAGUAUGUGAAGAGUGGGAGAAGAGGGUUGCAUUGACAAUCCAACACAAUGGGCAGCACAUUGAACACAUUUUACAAGUGGUCAGAAACUUGUAAAUAACUCAUGAAAGAAUAAAGUUACGUUGAAACCAAGCACACCAUUGUUUUUCUGGUGACAUUAUCAAUAAGUUUGAUGUGUCACAUGGCCCUCUUCCUAUUGAAAAAACCAAAGUUGUAUCCAAGAUGGCCGACUUCUAAAUGGCCACCAUGGUCACCACCCAUCCUGAGGAGUUUGACCCCUCACAUAUACUAAUGUGCCACAAACAAGACUUUAAUAUCACCAACCAUUCCCAUUUUAUUACGGUGUAUCCAUAUAAAUGGCCCACCCUGUAUAAUACUGGACUUAUUUUUCUACUAAGGUUUGAACUUUGAGGGUGUCUGAACAAGAGAGAAAAGUGUGAAAUUGUUCAUGCCUGUCUGAGAAAAGUGUAUAAAGUGUGCGGUGAGGGGUUUUACAGCCUUAAAACAUCUAUAAUGAUUGUAAAAAAUAAAGCUGGCUACU